GUCAGCACACUGUCCUGUCACUGGUGGUUCAUUUACAGAAUAGAGUUCUAUAAAAUUCUAGAUAGUGUUGAUGUUCAGCUUAGGGACAGGUUCAGUCUACCAGAUCUUGAUGUUGUGCAGAAGUUAGAGGAAACUCUACUGACUGGAGAAAGUCCAAGUGGAUCCAGAGCCUAUCCCAGGGACCUGGAGAAAAUCCUCACACACACACUGGAAGAACAUGCAAAACACAUAUACGCAUAAUUCUUUCAUCUGCAUUAAUAAUCUGAUGCAUUUCACACUUCUAAUCAACAAAUUCUUGAUCAUUUUUGGAAACAAGGUUCUUUAAAUAAAUUAAAUAAACAUUGCACCUCACCAGUCCCUGUGGCAAGUAGUUUAACAAUUUUAGUAAAAUUCCCCAUCCAAAAACAAUGUAUAAUAUUGUUAAAUCAUAUCAGUAAAAAACAAAAUAAUAUCUAGUAAUAUACAUUACUAGGUUACAUACAUAUUAAAUGUAUGUAACCUGCUCGGCGGGUAAAUGCAGCCAAUGACAGAUCAGUCCCGGAUCUCCGCCUGUGGCUCGUCCACCUGUGGAAAAGAGAGACCAGAUCCAAAUGCAAGAUUCCAGUGCGCUUGGUACUUUUAUUAUACAAAAAACAUAGACUAACUACAUGAAACAUAACAUACAUAACCCGAAUAACAAGGAAGUGGCAGUCUAGUGGUUAAGGUGUUGGUCUACCAACUGGCAGGUUGAGAGUUCAAAUCCAAGGUCCACUAAGUACCACCACCCUGAGCAAGGCCUUUAACCCUCCGUUGCAUAAGUGACAGGAAAAGAAGCAGGCAGAAUAUCUCUUGAUUGAUCUUGUGCAAGAAAAGUAGGUGCCAUUACCAUGUUGGAACAUGGACCACACAUGGGCCCAGUGUAUGCACUUUUAGUGGUAGUACAAUAGAACAAUGAACUGCUGAGUUCAGGCAGACUAGUAGCUUACUGUCACCUUACUGGACAGAUCGAGGCUGUGUUUUAUUAUCUCAGCUUGACACCUACUUUGGUGAAUAACGCUUAUAACCCACGAGCAGAGAAUCUGAUAAUCAUAGUGGUAUUCAGAAGGGUCUGUGUGGUGCAAUCUGAAGAUAAGUGUGUUUGUGUAUGCAUUGUGCAUGGAUUUUCUACUUGAGACAGCUACUUGAAUACCUAACCCAAACAUAGUUAAAGCUGGAUCACAGCCAGCACCACUGACAUACAUAAUGAAACAAUUUCCAGCUCUGGCCAAAUAAACACAUCAAGACUCAGUGAGCUCAUGGCAUCAGACUGGAACUAUUGACAAAUGCCAUCUGGUAUAUUGUUUUCUUCCUUAAUAUACUUUUUUUUUAUCUUAGAAGUAUAAAAGAAACAAGAGUGGACUGAUUCAUAUGCACAUUAGCAUCAUUUCAUGCAGGACUUUUUUUCAGGAAUGUUAAUUGGGGGAUAUUGUUCGAUCCUUCAGUUAUUUAUUUUAGUAUAAUGGUAAACCUACAGCUUAAAACUGUGUCUUAAUCACUCAGACAAAAGCACACACUCACACAUGUACGCACCUUUAAAUCCUUGUCAAAUCUUAAUGAUUGACUGGCCUUGUUGUGCACAGGGCGGUGAUUUCAGUACCAGCGUUCGUCAGAACUGCGUCAGAGCCCAAUUCAGCUGAGACACACACACAGACACGCACACAAACACUGAGGGGGAGAGAGAGCGAGAGAGAGAGAGAGAGAGAGAGAGAGAGAGAGAGAGAGAGAGAGAGAGAGAGAGAGAGUCGGGGUGUUUGCAUUGUUCCUCAGUCUCAGCUCGGAAAGCAGCUCCACAGAGCGUCUGCUACAAAACCUGUAGUGAAAGAGAACAAUCUCAGAAGUGCUUUUUGAAAAAUAAGAAACCAAAGAAGUCGUUCCCGAUCUCGCCGUGUUAGACGUUUAACCGGCCGUUUCAGCACCUCGAACAGCGCACACAAUGGCUCCUGUAAACGCGGAAGACGGGCAUGUCGCAGAGGUCCCAGUGAGUGUGGCUGUAGUCAGCGUCUUUGGUCUUGUCUUCAGUGUUUCUGCCUUUGCCUGGAUUUGCUGCCAGCGCAAGACCAACAAGAGCAACACCAAGACUCCUCCAUACAAAUUUGUCCAUAUGCUCAAGGGUGUAGACAUCUAUCCAGAGAGCUUAAAUGGCAAGAAAAAAUUUGCUGGAGAGAAGAUGCCAGACCCAGUGCAAGGAAAGUCAAGCCCAAGUCCCAGCAGCACGCGCCCAGCACUUCACCUCGACCUGGAAAAACGAGACCUGAAUGGUAAUUUCACAUUUGUACCACCUGUUGCCCAACCCAAAGUGCGAAGCUCCCCAGACUUGGACAUCCCAUCCCCACACCCUGGCUGCAGACAGGGGGGAUACCAGGAGGAGGAAACUUCAGAGAGCAAUGUUUCCAGCCAGACGCCCACACCAGCUCUGGAAAAGGCCCAGGACAAGGAUAGUGGCGUAGGCACACUCUCCUUCUCACUUGAGUACAACUUUGAGAAGAAGGCCUUUAUUGUUCAUAUUAAGGAGGCGCAUGGCUUGUCUGCCACUGAUGAGCAGUCCCUGACCUCUGACCCUUACAUUAAGCUCACUUUGCUCCCUGAGAAGAAGCACAAGGUGAAGACACGGGUGCUCAGGAAGACUCUAGAUCCAGCUUUUGAUGAGACUUUCAGUUUUUACGGCAUUCCAUAUGCUCGUGUCCCUCAGCUGGCUUUGCACUUCAUGGUGCUGAGUUUUGAUCGGUUUUCUCGUGAUGAGAUCAUUGGAGAAACGCUCGUUCCACUGGCUGAUGUUGACCUGGCUGAGGGGAGGGUCCUGAUGAGCCGUGACAUCAUCAAGAGGAAUGUAAGGAGGAGUGCAGGAAGGGGAGAGCUGCUACUGUCUCUAUGUUAUCAGUCGACCACCAGCACCCUCACUGUGGUGGUUCUUAAGGCUCGUCAUCUGCCUAAGAUGGACCACAAUUGCCCCUCUGAUCCCUAUGUGAAAGUAAACCUGUACCAGGGCAAGAAGCGUGUUUGCAAGAAGAAGACUCAUGUAAAAAAGUGCACACCAAACCCUGUCUUCAAUGAGCUAUUUGUCUUCGACGUGCCUUCAGAGGAGGGCCUGCGUGAUACCAGUGUGGAGCUUCUGCUGUUGGAUUCUGAUAGGACCGCACGCACUCCUGUCAUCGGCCGCCUCCUACUGGGCACAUCCACCCCAGGCACUGCUGGCGAGCACUGGCGCGAGAUAUGUGAUCAUCCACGGCGGCAGAUUGCAAAGUGGCAUGCGCUGGCCGAAGACUAGCUCAUGACAUGUGAAAAAUGCUCAAGAACUGUCAGAAUACAAAAGAAAAUUAAUCGGGACUUCUUGUGUAGGGGACUUAUUACGAGCAAUGUCACCUUUUGGCUAUGUAAUUAAGGUGGGGCUUCUUCCAAUGGGGGAGAGUCAAUUGUAUCCAGCCAAUCAAUGAUUCCAAAGACAAUCUGUGACACCCAGUGAUGAUUCUCUUCAUACUUCAUAUAAUUGGUCACCACAUUGUGCAGUUUCAAAUGUCAUGUGUCUAUCGCUGUUCGCUACGAAAUAUCAAUAUCAGUGUGUGGAAAAAUGUGAAAAAAGAUACAUACAGUUACUCUGAAUAUAGAUGUAAAUAUACGUGGAUGAACCUUAUAUUUUGUAAAGGCCUUUAAUUUGAUCACAUUUCAUUAUCUUUUAACAGAUCUAUUCUCUUUUUUGUACUUCAUUUAUUGAUUUUGGUUUAGGGUACUUUGCCUGUUUUUUGUAAGUUAAAGUGGCCGGUCAUAUCUCAUAUUUCAGCUAUGUGGGGGUAGCCUAAAUUAGGCUCACCUUUAUGAACGAUGGACUGCAUGAGCUAAAGAAAUGAGCUGUUUGUAUGGGAGCCUUCUAUCUAGGUGUGUGUGUUCAAUUCUGAUCAGAGAGAGGGCUCUCUUUACAGUGAGCACAAUGGAAGAAUGUAAUGUACAUUUACCUUAAUAUAAAAUGUUAAGCUCAGAGAAAGACA